AAAAAAUUAAUUAACAUUGAUCCAUUUGGCUUAUCCAUCUGUAUGAAUGAUUGAUAUUCAAAUUAUAUUUCAUACCUGACUCAGUUUCAGUUGAUACUUCUGGCUUGUCUUCCAGGUAGCAAAAAAAAAGGUGACCAAUUGACUUUCAAUUUUAUCAUUACUUAUUUUAAUUUUGCUACAGUUUUUAUCAUAUGAAAGAAAGUUAUGCAACGGUGCAACAGCCGUUAGUGGUUCAUCAGUUUGGUGAUAAAGCAAUGACAGAAGCAAGAAAUGCUAUGCCGAAAGAUGAUCCGAAUGAAAAUAUCAAUCCGGAAGGUGUUUUCAAGCCACGUUGGGGACGACAUCAUGCUGGUGCUAAGAAAUUAGCAGCUCUUUAUAGUCCAGAAAAGCGAUUACAAGAAAUCAUUUCAACCGGAUUGGGUAUUAUCGAAUUGUUUAUUGUUAUAUAUCUGUUAGUACGGCGAUUCGAACUGUCUUCUCUACCUUUCGUACUGUUCUUUGCACUUUUGGGCAUUUUAACAGCUGAUUUAUUAUCCGGUCUGGUGCAUUGGGCUGCUGAUUCCUUCGGUACUGUUGAUACAUUCAUCGGCAGGCAUUUUAUCCGACCAUUCCGUGAACAUCACGUGGAUCCGACAGCUAUAACACGUCAUGAUUUCAUCGAAUGUAAUGGCGAUAAUUUCUUAUUAAUAAUACCAAAGAUUCACAAAUGGUCACAUACAUAUUUCGGAUUACCACGGUGGGUAGAAAUGCUACAGAAUUGGCGCGUGAUAAUUUCACGUAAAGGCCAUAAACUUCAUCAUAUUUCACCACAUGCAUGUGGAUAUUGCAUAACUACCGGCUGGCUUAAUGGACCAUUGGAUGCAAUUGGUUUCUGGCGUGCUGCUGAAUUUAUUGUCACCAAAUUAACGGGAAUGAAGCCUCGCACUGAUGAUCUGAAAUGGGCAAAAGCUUCUUGA